AAAGGAAAGCUUACCACAAAACAAUAAAGAUAAAGGCACUAAAGGUGGUAGAGGGUUCCGGAAGCAACUGUUUGAGCACUACAUGUGCACUGAGGAUGUUUCUGCAGGCCUGGAAAGAGGAGAACUCAUAAAGGGAGUACUGAGAAUAAACCCUAAGAAGUACAUGGAAGCUUUUGUCCCGUCUCCUGAUGGGUCAGCUGAUAUCUUUCUGGAUGGGAUUGCAGCUCGUAACAGGGCUCUCAAUGGAGAUGAUGUUGUGGUGAAAGUCCUCCCCUCUGAACAGUGGAAGGCAGUCAGUGGAGAUAUAAACGAGAGAACUUUUGCCAAUCAGAUGGUGCCAAAGGCUCCUGAUGUCAUAGUGGAGGCCCAUUACAAUGAAGAUGACGAGGUGAUCGGUAAAAUGAAGAAUGUCAGUCUCCAUGAUAAAGCCCUUGUCACAACACAAUCUGUCAUACAUGGAAGCGCAUUCAACAUUUCUGGAUCAAGUUCAGAGAGAGCUAUGCAAAGGACUGGAAAGGUUGUAUUCAUUUUUGAGCAGAAGCACUCAAGGGCAGCAUCAGGCUUCCUUAAAUUUCUCCCCAACAAGAAUUUUGCAAUGUUCUCUCCUGUGGACCAUCGGAUUCCGAGAGUUAAUUUGCCUCUAGCAGACUGUCCUGCAGACUUUGUCUCCAGACCUGGAGACUAUGAAAACACACUCUUUAUCUGCCGAAUAACACACUGGCCAGCAGACAACAACUUUGCUGAAGGGCGGCUUGCAAAAACGUUAGGGCAAGCAGGUGAAAUAGAGCCAGAAACCGAAGGCAUCAUGACUGAAUAUGAUGUUGACUUCUCCGAAUUUUCAGAGGAGGUCUUGAAUUGUCUUCCCCAAGAUCUGCCCUGGAGCAUCCCUGCUCAUGAGCUCUCUAGAAGAAGAGAUCUCAGAAAAGAAUGUGUAUUUACCAUCGACCCAGCUACAGCCAGAGAUCUAGAUGAUGCACUAUCCUGCAAACAGCUCUCAGAUGGCAAUUUUGAAGUUGGUGUUCAUAUAGCUGAUGUGAGUUACUUUGUGGAGGAGGGAAGUGUCUUGGAUCAAAUCGCUGGUAAAAGAGCCACAAGUGUUUAUCUGGUUCAGAAGGUAAUUCCCAUGUUGCCUCGACUUCUGUGUGAGGAGCUGUGCAGCUUGAAUCCUCUGACUGAUCGACUGACAUUCUCUGUUAUUUGGAAGCUUUCUCCAGAGGGAAAGAUCCUGAGUGAGUGGUUUGGCCGAACUGUUAUCUGUUCCUGCAUUAAGAUGAGUUAUGAUCAUGCUCAGAGUAUGAUUGAAGCUCCUGACAAGCAUUUCAGUGCCGAAGAGCUGCCACCCUGCUCCCCGAACCACAGAAUCCAUGAGAUACAAGAAGCCAUUCUUGACUUGCACAACAUUGCCAAACAACUCCGAGCCCAGCGCUUUGAGGGCGGAGCUUUACAGCUUAACCAGGUCAGACAGACCAGACUUCAGUCUGGACAUUUACUGUACCAUCAACGUGUUUCAUUUUACUGA